CAGGUGGAUAGGUUGGAUGCUUAGGAGUACUCAAGGUUCAGGGCAAGAGGCUUGCGGAACUCCGCGGAAGGAUCUCGUCCACGUCCCGCCGUCGCGUCACCAAGACACCAUGGGUGCAUGACUGCAGCGUGUCUACCUAUAUAACCCCCUCCAGAGUCCUGUCGAAAAUGAAGGUCAUCAGUCCCUCAAAGAGACAGAACAAAUCCCAAGCGCCGACCACAACACCCCCAACUUAAGGCUUGCAAGGUCACAAAACCUUCGUCUUCUCCUCUAAACUCAACAUGUCCACCUCUUCGACCACCGCGUUCGUCACGGCCGCAACCGGCACUCAAGGUGAGGCCGUAGCGCGACACCUGCGUGCCAUCGGCUGGACAGUCCAUGCCACGGCUCGCAACAUGGACGCGCCCGUCGUGCACUCGCUGCAGUCCCUGGGCGUCGAGGUGACCCCUGGCGACUGGGAGGACGAGGCCGCGCUCACGGCCGCCAUCGCCGGCUGCUCGAGCCUCUUCUUGAACCUGAUGCCCAAGCUGGCCGACUUCACCUCCGAGGUGCCGCACGCGAGGCGCAUCCUGGCCAUCGCCAAGGCCGCCGGCGUAAAGCACGUCGUCUACUCGAGCGGGCUAUCUGUCAACAACCCGGAGAAGCGCGCUUACUACGUUCCUAACAGCAUGCCGGCCGAGGUGCUGGGCUGGAAGAGGGAGAUCGAGGGGCUCGUCAGGGCGGCCGGGUUCGAGGCGUGGACCAUCCUCCGCGGGGCCUUCUUCAUGCCCAACUUCCUGCUCCCCAAGGUCGGCAUGUACCCGGGCCUGCGCGAGACGAACAAGUGGACCACCGCGCUGACGGCCGAGACGCGCAUGCCGAUGGUCGACACGGAGGACAUCGCCAAGUUUGCCGUCGCCGCUUUCCGGGACCCCGGUCGAUUCCACCGGCAGGAGAUAGGCAUCGCUAGCGAGCUCCGGUCGCCUGAUGAGCUUAUGGAGUUGCUGGGAGAGGCGACUGGGAGGGACAUGCGGGCGGUUUUCCUGACGGAUGAAGAGAUCGAGGCGCAGAAGGACACCAACAUAUUUGUGGUGGCUCAGCUUAUGUCGAGAGAUUUGGGCGAUUGCGUGGACAUUGACGAGGCGAAGUCCUGGGGCAUCCCGUUGGGCACGUUUAAGCAAUUUUUGGAGAGAGAGACGAAGGCUCUGAAGGAGACCUACCCAUGAUUCGAUUAGACUUUGGCCUGCCAAGUUGGUCGUGCAGAUUAAGUAAGGGGAUUGGGAGAGUUGGAGUGAAUGAGUAUGUGUGGACUCAAACUAGAAAG